AUGUCCAUUUCCACACCAGCGUUCAGUCCGUCGAUAGAGAAGGCGUACAACGAAAAAUGCGGAGUUGCCGUGAUGUUCUCGUGCGCGUGUGUUUCAGAAGUCAGCUCCUCGAGGAGGAAGUCGCGGAAGGCCCACUUCUCGGCGCCUUCCAGCAUUCGUCGCAAGAUCAUGACAGCCCCGCUGUGCAAGGAACUCAGGAAGAAGUAUAAUGUCCGAUCCUUGCCCAUUCGCAAGGACGACGAAGUCAUGGUUGUGCGGGGGCAUCAUCACGAUCGUGAAGGCAAGGUGACUAAGGUUUACAGAAAGAAAUGGGUCAUUCACAUUGAGCGCGUCACACGCGACAAGGCUAACGGCGAAACUGUGACGAUCGGCAUCCACCCAAGCAAGGUGGUGAUCACUAAGCCCAAGCUCGACAAGGAUCGUAAGGCGUUGCUGGAGAGGAAGAGCCGGGCGACCACGAAGGGCAAGUAUACCGAAAAAGACGUGGCAAUGUCUCAGGUCGACUAA